AUGGAUAAAAGGAAAAAAGUGAACAUUUUAAAAGAAUGUAUAAAAACCACACUCAGUAUCGAGCAUCUAAUUUACAAAAGUACACUACCUCCCAUGUAUAGCUACGAAUAUAAAAUCUUGUAUAAGCCAAUAUCUGUUAAUAUUGAAAUAGGGGUAAUAUUCCAGAAUAAAGAUAAACCAAACUCCUUUUUUGAAGAGUACUAUGCCAACGAUGAUAGCCUUAAGAUUUACACAGACGGGAGCAAAACUGACGCUGGUCGUUCUGUAGGUAGUGCAUGCGUAUGUCCCGAGCUAAAUCUUGUAAUUACUGAAAGUAUUUACAAAGUAUCAUCUAUUUAUACUGCAGAAUGUAUUGCGAUAAGUCGUGCCAUGGACAUUGCCAUACAUAACAAGGAGCGCAAUGUUAAGAUUUUCUCGGACUCGCUGGGCGCCAUAUUAGCUUUAAGUAACCCAAACAAUACCGUUAAAAGCAAUCAUUAUAUUUAUGAAAUUUUACAGAAAAAUGAUAAAUUCUCUAAGGGUAAUAAUAGCACAACGUUGACUGUUGUUUGGGUACCUGCACACAGAGGAAUCAUUGGUAACGAAAUGGCUGAUAAAGCAUCGAAAAAAGCAACUGAACUCCUACCGACGGUCAUACAAAUACCCCACACUGAUUACCGGGCGUUAUUUAAGAAAACAGCUGUAAAUUCAACAAAUAAACUGAUAAAAAACCAAGGGCUGACCAAAGGAGUAGAUUAUUUCAAAAAUUACUAUGAUGAUUCGAACACUUCUUGGUACAGUAACAAAGGAUACGAAAGAGAGUUUAUAACCUCUGUAUGCAGGUGCCGAAGCAAUCAUAUUAGCCUCAACGAAUCCCUAUUUAAAAUCAAUGUUAUUAGUGAUCCUAAAUGCGAAUGCGGCGCAGAUACUCAAGAACUUAAUCACAUAGUUUGGCAAUGUCCACUAUUUGAUGAUACAAGAAUAUUACUACUGCGCUCUCUAUCCAAACUCAAUUUGUUUCCGCCAUUUGAUAUUAAAACCUUUUUAUAUAAACCCAAUGUCACCGUAAUGCGAUAUAUACUUAACUAUCUCCAAAAGUCUGGGAUCAAACCAUAG